CUUGUUAAGAAGUUCAUCAUUAUGAAUUUUUAUUGUUUAAACACGCGAUUCAAAUAGACAAUUUAGUGAUAAAAAUAAUUGUGAAUUAUUCAGACACUACUUUUGUGUGCAACAAUUUAUUGAAUAUGGAGUAUUAAAGGAUCUUUAGAAAACAAAUGCCAGUCCCGAAUUAUCCAACGAGGACUCUUCCUCAGUGAGUUGAGAGUCAAGAAUGCGUAACUUGUAUCCAGCAGCUAUUUUUGUGGAAUUUCUUGCAAUAUGUUUGAUGACAAAUGACGCUAUAGAUUCAUCACAAUGUAUAGCACCCUUAGGAAUGGAAAAUGGAGCUAUUAAAGAUAUUGAUAUCACGGCUAGUUCUUCAUUUGAUAGUGGCAACGUGGGACCAAAAAAUGGAAGAAUUAGAACGGAUAAGAAUGGCGGUGCUUGGUGUCCCUUAAAGCAAGCAACGACUGAACCUGAAGAGUGGAUUCAAUUGGAAUUGCACGUAGUUUAUAUGAUAACUGCCACCGAAACACAAGGUCGUUUUGGGAACGGUCAAGGAAUAGAAUACGCUGAAGCUUACAUGGUGGAAUACUGGAGACCCAAAUUACAAAAAUGGAUUCGAUACCAUAACAGCAAAGGCGAAGAAGUGAUUCCUGGUAAUGUAAAUCCAUAUCUAGAAGCAAAACGCGAAUUAGAUCCACCCAUAUGGGCUAGCAAAUUUCGCUUCUAUCCAUACAGCUACCAUAAACGAACAGUAUGCAUGAGAGUAGAACUUUACGGUUGCCAGUGGCAUGACGGAAUAAUUAGUUACGCAAUGCCGCAGGGAGAUAAGAGAGGAAAUAAUUGGGAAUUUUUUGAUCUAAGAUACGAUGGUGAUUGGAACAGCAACGAACUGAAAGACGGUCUAGGUCAACUUACCGAUGGAAGAUUUGGUCACGAUGAUUUUAAAACGGAUUUUUAUGAAGGACAAACCUGGGUAGGAUGGAAAAAUGAAACGAGGCACAAUAAACCCAUUGAAAUAAUAGUAGAAUUUGAUAAAAUUCGUGAAUUUUCAGCUGUUCAUAUUUAUUGUAAUAAUCAAUUUACGAAAGAAAUACAGGUAUUCUCGAUGGCCAAAGUAUUUUUUAGUAUAGGAGGAAAGUAUUUUAACAAAGCUGAACCCAUUAUUUACGAAUACAUCGAAGAUAGAAUAUUUGAGAACGCUAGAAACAUAUCUAUUAAACUGCACCACAGUGUCGGACAGUUCGUUAAACUUCAAUUGUUUUUCGCAUCCAAGUGGAUUUUAAUUAGUGAAGUUUCCUUUGAUUCAUUAGUAACCCACGGUAACUUUAGUACCGAAUUAAACCCGAGUACCGCAGCACCCGAGAUACCUGUAACAAAACAAGAAACGACUAACCAUAAAAUUGAAAUUCCCGUAACCAAUGAUGUAGCCAGUGAAACUGAUAUCGCAGUUAUUAUAUUGAUAGGCUUAAUUCUGUCAAUACUUUUUGGAAUAAUUAUAGCUCUUACUUAUAAGUUUAAAAACAGAAAAUUUUUUCGAAGUUCCAAUACUUCGAAUAUUGAUUUUUCAAGCAACGUGUUACCUCAUCUUCAACCAGAAUCUGUAUAUGGAAUAAAUGAGAAGGGUGGCUCCAUCGAAGCAUAUGGAGUUACAGACAUAGACACCUUCAGAUUAAAUCACGGAACAACGAAGUCAAGUUUGAGGUCUACUUUGCCUUUGCCUUAUCCUGGUAACGUGUCCGAAAAUAACGAAUAUCAGGAACCAUAUCAAGCAAUGAAGUUCGCACCUUAUUAUAGUUAUAGUCCAGUUAUAAUGGAAAUGCAAAAUUCUCUAUCAACACUUGCAGAUUCUGAGCAAAUAACGUUACCAGUUUCCAGAAACCGGUUAAACAGUGUUUCACCAAAAAAAUCCAGGAUUUCAACGAAUACAGACGAGGAGACAAUACAAAGUCCGUUACAAGAAAGCAUCACCGCUUUGAAGAAACGAUUGGAUGGGACGCCCAUGAUGGAAUUUCCAAGACAUCGUCUAAGAAUGUUAUCGAAAUUAUCUGAAGGAGCUUUUGGAACGGUCUAUAUAGCGGAAGCGGAUGGAAUAAAUGAGUUUUCAUCUACCUUAUCUACUGAAACAAGACUGGUGGCGAUUAAGUUCUUAAGCGAUUCUGCUUCAGAUAAAGAAAGGAAAGACUUCUACCGUGACGUUCGAAUAUUAGCCGCGCUAGAAGAUCCAAACAUAGCACGAGUCCUCGGUAUCUGCAGCAAAGACGAACCCCUGUGCGUCGUUAUGGAAUAUCUCGAUCAUGGAGAUUUAUGCCAAUUUUUGAAAACCCACGUUGCAGCAUCUAAUACGUCGACACUACCUUACGGUUUAAAAAUGCUGUCGUUUGAUCAUCUACUACAUAUGGGCGUGCAAAUUGCCUCUGGAAUGCAUUAUUUGGAAUGUUUAAAUUUCGUGCAUAGAGACUUAUCAACGCGAAAUUGUUUAAUAGGUAAAUCUUACCAGAUUAAAAUAUGUGAUUUCGGAACAUACAACGAACUUUACGUUGGUGAUUAUUAUAAAGUUGAUGGUAAUACUCCAUUGCCGAUAAGGUGGAUGGCUUGGGAGAGCGUCUAUCAAACAAGGUAUACAACGAAAACGGACGUUUGGGGCUUCGCUGUGACGUUAUGGGAAAUUUUAACGCUCUGUCAUCGACAACCAUUCGACUUCCUUACCGAUCCGGAAGUAAUGGAAAAUUUGGCGCAUUUACACUGUGAUGAUGGGCAAUUCAAAUACCUACCUCGUCCUACGAAUCACAAGGACAUUUACGAUUUAAUGUUAGAAUGUUGGAAGAAAAAGGACACCGAACGGCCUACCUUUAGAGAGAUCCACUUAUUCUUGCAGAGAAAAAAUUUGGGAUUCACUCCUACAUAGUAUUUAGGAAGACUGGUUAGUUUAAAAAAGGGAACAAUGUUGUAAAUAUAACACAGGGUGAUACUAUACUUUAUUAUUAAUAGAUACCUAUACGUUCAUUCUUUGUUUCAAGAACAAGUGGAAAUUAUUCUAGAAGAUGUAGAAAUAAUUUGGUUUUGUUGAAAUUUAGGAACAAUAGUGUAUACAAAUUGAAAUUGGGCUUUGAGUGGGCACAACAGUAACGAGGCAACAAGUGACAUCUGACAAUAGACAUAAAUAGACUGACACAGGACAAUGACAAGUAGAUUGAAGCGUUCAAGAAUGUUUUUAGGGUCAAGUCUGUAACAAGUAGACCUAUUUCGACAUUUGACAAUUGACAUAAGACAUAAACAGACUGACACAAGACAAUGACAAGUAGAUUGAAUCGUUUAAGAAUGUUUUUAGUGUCAACUAGAUCAAAAACAGAAAUAUAUUAAUACAAGCUCUGUUCCAGUACACGUAAAAACCAUAAUUAUGAUUGGUACGAUAAUAUUACGGUUUCCGCGCGUAUAUCUAACUGAUCUAACCUAACUAAUUUUUAUUUUUACAUUGUUUGUUUCUAAAUUUCUUCAAAUUACUAUUUUUUAGCAUUUAAGUCGCAUAAAAUUUAAGUUAUAUAGUAGAGACAAUACUUCUAUAAAUAGAUAUACCUAAACGGCUUAAUAAUUUUACCUAUAGGCCAAAAGUUGAUAGUUUUCGUAUGAACACAAUCAGUCGGUAAGUUUGUAAAUGUAAUAUAAAAAUUUAAUAAUUAGUAUUAGUUAGUAACCCCGAAAAUUUACUAUGUACAAUUUCUUUCUGAGAUUUCCAAAAUUAUUUAAUCAAAUAUAUCAGUUUAAAAAUAUAAAACUAGAGUAUAAAGUAUUUAAUAUUAGUAGAUGAUAUAUGCCGGUACGUGUCCUCAUAUAUAUGUAUAUUUAUAUCCUGCUAUCAAUCGGACGUCACUUUCAUCCCCAAGCAUUGGGAGUCCAAUUUAAAACGGCGCAUUUAUUUAAAUUUAGGACAGUAUAUGGAUUUUACAUUAUGUAGUUCAUUGAAUUAACAAUAAAAUUAAUUUUUAAAUGCCGAGUCACAUUUUACAAUACGAAACAGUUCUUUAUUUCGUUAAAGGGCGUUAAAAUGAAAAGUAUCCCGUUAGAGGGCGUUAAAUUUAAAAAAAAACGACAUAUUAUUGAAAUAUUAAGGAUACUAUAGAAAGGUGUCCCCCUUGAAAUAAAACUCGAUCUAUUUUUGCAUUUCUUUAAAAUAAAUCAAGAUAUUCUGAGAUACGAUCAGUGCUACUUGUAAUGAGUCACCCUGUAUAUAAAAUCACAAGAAAUCGUUUAGCCUCAAAAUAUCAGAAAGUUUAAUUUUGGAGCAUUUUAACGUACCAAAAAUAUUUUAAAAAAUAGAUUUUUUUGACUCAAUUUUUCCUAUCAGAUUUUAAAAGGUUUUUUCUUUACUGGCCUGCUGUUAUUUUAUACAAUCGCUUCCCCUUCCAAAAAUGUCACCGCACGCCACUGGUUGUAUGCCUAACACGAAAAAAUAAGCUCUGUGUGUGUAUAUAUACUGAGUGUUUUUAUAACAGGCAUAUUUUUUUGGAAAACGAGUAGGAACAACCAAAAAAUAAGGAGAAGCACCGGCAUAUAUCUAAAAUAAUCAUGGACCGUAAAAAACGCAAUUGUAAAAAAAUAUUUCCAAUACAUUUUUUAUCAAUUUCUUCCCGUUUAUGAGACGAUAAUAUCUUGCCAGUGUCUGGCAGUAAACAGUAGAGAGUUAAAAAAAUGUCAUUAAAAAAAUAUCUGAGUAGAAAUUAUAUUUCUACAAACUUAUCGACUAAGGACUUAAUUUUAACGAUUAAUGUGAUCCAAGAAUUUUAUUUAAUUCUUUAUACUUAUAUAUAAGAAUCACAAUAAUUUGUAAACUGAAUUUAAAAUAAAUUGUUAAUGUAUUAUUUAUUAUUAGCUGUUUUUCUACUCUUUUUUAUUAUGAUUGUUGAGCAAUAUUUUAAAUUCAGUUUUAUUUUAUGAUGGAAACGCUAGAUGUUUUUAAAAUAAUAUAAGUGAAGUAGGUGCUAAAUUAAAUGUCAGUAGUGCAAUAAUAUCUAAACCUUUCAUUUUUUUAAAAAAUCUUCGCACUCUUUGGAAAAAACAUUUAUAUACUGAUAUAUAAUUUAACAGCCAGUAUUACUUAAAUUUAUUUGUUUACGUCAACUGUACGUGAUGAAGGGAUUCUAAUUCCACAUCGAAAAUAUUUAACAUUUAAUUUAGUUAAUUAUUGUGAUAUUUUGGCUUUGUAUUUACAUCCAUCCUUAUUUUUAAGUCAAUUAUUUGUUAUUAUCUUUUUUUAUUUGAUUUCAUUUCUAUUUUAUUUACAUUUUUGU